AUGCAGAUCUUUGUGAAGACCCUCACCGGCAAGACCAUCACCCUUGAGGUCGAGUCCUCCGACACCAUCGACAACGUCAAGGCUAAGAUCCAGGACAAGGAGGGCAUCCCUCCGGACCAGCAGCGCUUGAUCUUCGCUGGCAAGCAGCUCGAGGAUGGCCGCACCCUGGCAGACUACAACAUCCAGAAGGAGUCCACCCUUCACCUGGUGCUCAGGCUCCGUGGUGGCAUGCAGAUAUUUGUGAAGACCCUCACUGGCAAGACCAUCACCCUGGAGGUUGAGUCCUCAGACACCAUUGACAAUGUCAAGGCAAAGAUCCAGGACAAGGAGGGCAUCCCCCCGGACCAGCAGCGUCUCAUCUUUGCUGGCAAGCAGCUCGAGGAUGGCCGCACCCUUGCGGACUACAACAUCCAGAAGGAGUCCACUCUCCACUUGGUGCUCAGGCUCCGUGGUGGUAUGCAGAUCUUUGUCAAGACCCUCACCGGCAAGACCAUCACCCUUGAGGUCGAGUCCUUGGACACUAUCGACAACGUCAAGGCUAAGAUCCAGGACAAGGAGGGCAUCCCUCCGGACCAGCAGCGUCUCAUCUUCGCUGGCAAGCAGCUCGAGGAUGGCCGCACCCUGGCUGACUACAACAUCCAGAAGGAGUCCACCCUCCACCUGGUGCUCAAGCUCCGGGGUGGCAUGCAAAUCUUCGUGAAGACCCUCACCGGCAAGACCAUCACCCUUGAGGUUGAGUCUUCGGACACGAUCGACAAUGUGAAGGCGAAGAUCCAGGACAAGGAGGGCAUCCCACCAGACCAGCAGCGCCUCAUCUUUGCUGGUAAGCAGCUUGAGGAUGGCCGCACCCUGGCUGAUUAUAACAUCCAGAAGGAGUCCACCCUUCACCUGGUGCUCAGGCUCCGUGGUGGCAUGCAGAUUUUUGUCAAGACACUGACCGGCAAGACCAUCACCCUGGAGGUCGAGUCCUCUGACACCAUAGACAACGUCAAGGCAAAGAUCCAGGACAAGGAGGGCAUGCCCCCGGACCAGCAGCGUCUCAUCUUCGCUGGCAAGCAGCUUGAGGAUGGCCGCACCCUUGCUGACUACAACAUCCAGGAGUCCACCCUCCACCUCGUGCUAAGGCUCCGUGGUGGCAUGCAGAUUUUCGUCAAGACACUGACAGGCAAGACCAUCACCUUGGAGGUUGAGUCUUCUGACACCAUUGACAAUGUGAAGGCGAAGAUCCAAGACAAGGAGGGCAUCUCCCCGGACCAGCAGCGCCUGAUCUUCGCUGGUAAGCAGCUUGAGGAUGGCCGCACCCUAGUGGACUACAACAUCCAGAAGGAGUCCACCCUUCACUUGGUGCUCCGGCUCCGUGGUUGGAUGCAGAUCUUUGUGAAGACCCUCACCGGCAAGACCAUCACCCUCGAGGUCGAGUCGUCGGACACCAUCGACAAUGUCAAGGCCAAAAUCCAGGACAAGGAGGGCAUCCCUCCGGACCAGCAGCGUCUCAUCUUUGCUGGCAAGCAGCUUGAGGAUGGCCGCACCCUUGCUGACUACAACAUCCAGAAGGAGUCCACCCUCCACCUGGUGCUCAGGCUCCGUGGUGGGAUGCAGAUUUUUGUGAAGACCCUCACCGGCAAGACCAUCACCCUGGAGGUUGAGUCCUCUGACACCAUCGACAAUGUGAAGGCGAAAAUCCAGGACAAGGAGGGCAUUCCCCCGGACCAGCAGCGCCUGAUCUUCGCUGGUAAGCAGCUUGAGGAUGGCCGCACCCUGGCGGACUAUAACAUCCAGAAGGAGUCCACCCUUCACUUGGUGCUCCGUCUCCGUGGUGGCCAGUAA